UGCGGAUACGGAUGUUUAGUCGCGGAUGUGAUGGUGUUUAUGGCUCCAUAAAUUUUUUAUUUGUGUUUGUAUUAAGUGCAGCUUCCUCGCCACUUUGAAAAAUUGUGUUUAUGAAUGAUUCUUAAGUUAAAUAUGUGAAUAUGUAAUUCAAUAUAAGUGCAAACGCGUUGUGCGCAACGCAGUGCGUGUAAAAAAAUCUUUGGUACAUUAAGUUAUUGAAAUUCUGCAAGAAAAUAUACACAUCCAUAUGUAGCUAUGUACAUGCAUACAUAAGUAUGUAUACGCGCACAAAGUAAAAAUGCAAAGCGAAUAAAGCGGAAAGCAUAAAGCUAGAAUUGAUUGGUAUGUUGCAUGAAAAAUUAAUAAAAUCGUCGAGUAACAUGAAUUAAAGAGAAAAAAUAAAAAAUAUUGUAAUGAUAUUGCAAAAUCUUCGUUGAAAGUAUCAAAAUACGUAUUCCGGCUGCUGGAAGGUUCUGACAAAAUAUUUUCGAAAAAAACUGCAUAUAAUGAGCAGCGGAUUUGGGUGAAACCAAAAUACAAUAUUUAAGGAAUCAAAUUAGAAAAAUUUACAAAGUUCAUUGAUACUUCAAAUACAUAAAUGCAUGUACUUUCGAAUAAUACGUACAUACAUAUGUUCGUACACACAAAGUAAUCAACAGGGCAGAAUUGAAUGCGCCUGCGUUUUGUGAAGAAAAAAAGUGCUCGGAGAUGCCUCAAAUGUACGCUAAUAGUACAAAAACGCGUUGUAGAGUAAUUGUUUUAAUUAUAAAAAAAAAAUACUAAUAAAAGUGAGCUGUAAGCUUCCUAUACAUAUACACAUUUGUUUGUGCAACCACAUUUGUCAUACAAAAUGGCUUUGCUUGGCUUGAUUUGUCUGCUGCUAGUUGUGGAUGUGAGAGGUGCAGCAACUAGUGGCGGUGUUGCAUAUGUAACCGCACCAACAACCGCUGGGCCGGAAGUACGCUCAAGGACUUUUAAUGAAAAACGCUCCUGCCCUCCCUCCUAUUUUACGUGCACUGAUGGCAGCUGCAUACCGAUGCGCUGGAAAUGUGACUCGAAGCCCGAUUGUGCUGAUGGCUCCGAUGAGCCGAGUGAAUGUGUGAACGCCUCCAAAUGCAAUGAGGGACAAUUUCAAUGCACACGUUCACGCAAAUGUAUACCCAACAAUUGGGUAUGCGACAGCGAGUACGACUGCGGCGAAUUCGAUACAUCCGACGAGACGAACUGUCACUCGGAUGAAUUGAAAUGCCUCCCGUAUCAGAGCGAAUGCAGCAACGGUGUUUGCCUGGACAUAUCGCGCUUCUGUGAUGGCGUCUGGGAUUGUGAUAGCGACGAGCUCAAGUGUGAUACACAGGAUGCGCAGUGCGCACAACUUAAUUGUUCCUUCAACUGUAAGCUGACAACGCGCGGCGGUCCCACCUGCUAUUGCCCGCCGGGCCAAGAGCCUGUCAACGGCACGCUGUGUGCAGACUUCGACGAGUGCAGCGUGGAGGGUACUUGCGACCAGCUGUGUCGCAAUACGCCCGGUUCCUACGAAUGCACCUGCGUGGCGGGCUAUGUGAAGCAAAAGAAUCGCUGCAUGGCGAUAAAUGUGCCGAGCAGUGAAAACGCCUCGUUGGUAUUUUUCACGCAAACGGAUAUGCGUCGCAUCAACAGCAACGGUGAGUUGCUGGACCACAUGGUGUCGGGCGAGGUAUCGGCCAUUGAAAUUUGGCACCGCAAUCGCACCGUGUGCGCCAUGUACUCGAGCGCCUGGACGACGGUCAGCAUGCGUUGCCAUCGCAUCGAUAAUCUGAACGCCAGCUGGCCCAUGGCUCUGCCGGCAAUGGUCGCCAGCAUGCACUCCAUCGAUAAAUUGCGCCUGGACUGGAUAACGGGCAACUGGUAUUUUCUCAACAAUGAGCUGAGCCUCGUAUUCAUGUGCACGAAUUCGAUGCAGUAUUGCAAUGUGCUGCUUGAGGAUGUAAUGAAUCCGUCGUCGUUGGUUUUGGAUCCCACCAAAGGUUUCAUAUUUUUCACCGAAUGGAGUCCCAGUUUGUCACGCGUCACUCUGGAUGGCCGCAAUCGCACCAUUUUGGUAUCCACGCAAAUUUAUUAUCCCAGCCGCAUGACAUUGGAUUUGCCCAACGAGCACAUUUACUGGAUAGACAUUUACAAGGAUUUCAUUGAGCGGGUCGAUUACGAGGGACGCAAUCGCUGGGCCAUGAAGAAGACCGCAGAUACUCACGUUGUGCUGAAAUCGCUGCAUGCCGUGGAAGUCUUUGAGAACACUGUCUACAUAGCGCCCUGGGUGGACACAGUGAUUGUUAAAAUCAACAAAUUCACAUUGGAAGCUGAGGAAAUAGUCAAGGAUGCAGAGAGACCAUACGAUUUUCGCGUAUUUCAUCGACAAAAGCAGCCAGAGGUGGCACAUCCAUGUCGCGAUAACAACGGCAAUUGCAAUCAAAUAUGUGUUCCGUUAUGGACGAAAAAUUUCGCCACCGCCCAAUGCCAAUGCACAGCGGGCUAUAAAUUACGCAACCGCACCGAUUGCAUACCGGUACGAAAUGACAAAUUUCUGCUUUAUGCCAAGGAGCGUUUGGCCAGCAUCACCGGCGUAUCGUUGAACGCACAGGAUGUGCAACAGUUGCUCAAACGCGGCGAGCAUACCGAUGCCAUAGUGCCCAUAUAUAAUGUUACCAGACCGCUGAGCGUCGAUGUGAAUGUGCGCGACAAGUUGGUGUAUUUUGUGGUGAUGAAAGCCUCGAGUUACGCACUCUACAGCCAGUCGAUUGCAACUGCAGAGCGUAUGGUGCUGGCCAAUGGCAGCGAAAGUUCGUCGAUCGUGGCGUACGAUUGGAUUGCACAGCAUCUGUAUUGGGGUGAGAGCAAAUCGUUGCGUGUGGCGCCAGUUAAGAAUAUGAGCAGCUCCUUUACACUACCAUUAGUUGAAAUGCCAAUCUCUUUGGUACUCCAUCCCACCGAGGGCAUGCUAUAUUUCUCGCAUUGGCUGGGCGAUGCGAAAGGCAAAAUUUUUAGUGCCUGGCUCGAUGGCACACACAAAAAGCAGCUGGCUGAAAGCGUCAAGGAUAUGCCAAUGUUGUGGCCGCUCAGUUUGAGCAUCGAUCGCAGAGGCAAAAAGUUGUAUUGGUGCGAUGUGAAAGCGAACAGCAUAGAACGCAUGAAUCUGGAUGGCUCGCAGCGCGUGGUGCUCUUCAAGGAUGCUGAGUACCAGCCUUUAUCCGUGGCCUUCCACAAUGGCGUCGUCUUCUGGGUGGAUAAGAAAAAUGGCGCCAUACGCCGCUUCACAGUGCAUCACAAUACAAAAGCGGCAUUGAAAGGAAGUCAAACGGACGUACAUCUUGUGGAACGCGGCGAUACCACUCACUUGAAAGCAUUCGACGUCGUCAGCCAGCCAGCAACGACUGUCAUGAAUGCGUGUGCAAAAUCCAAGUGUCCGGGCAUCUGCUUGAAUACGCCACAGGGUCCGGUCUGUCGUUGUCCAAAUAACUUCAGACUCAGCAGCAAUGGCCUGCAGUGCACGCCACAGGUGGUGGUAAGUGAGCCAUCGAACAAUUGCACUACGGGUUUCCAGUGCGCCAAAAGCAGCCAGUGUGUGGAUGCAAAGGACGUCUGCGAUGGCUUUGACGACUGUAACGAUGGCAGCGAUGAGAGUAGCGAGCCGAAUGGACCGUGCAAUACGAAGAAAUGCGACUUGAGCUUGCAUUUCAUCUGCAAUGAGCGGUGCUAUCAGCGCGCCUUGUUGUGCAGUUCGAUUGCCUACUGCAAGGAUGGCACCGAUCAGACGAAUUGCGAGACGCAUACCUGCAACAGCAACGAGUUUGCGUGCGCGAAGAGUGGCAAAUGUAUCCAAUUGUCGUGGGUGAACGAUGGCGUGGCCGAUUGCGGUCCAGAUGACUCUUCGGACGAGAUGGCAGAAUAUCCGCUUGAUGAAAAAUGUCCAGAAUUUGACUGCAAGAAUGGCAAGUGUCGUCCCUUUUCUGACGUGUGCGAUGGCGUAGAUCAAUGCGGCGACAAUUCCGACGAACGCGGUUGUGAGUUCGAGUGUGGCCGCGAUGAGCAUUAUUGCGCACCUAUUGGCUGUUAUGGCGAACUGCACAUGUGCGACGGUGUCCAUGACUGUUUCGAUGCCAGCGAUGAAGCUAAUUGCAAUGAGACAAAGAGCGAUAACCAUCCAGUGGAUCUGGGUGAGGCACACGUUUGUGGGCCCUUUGAAUUCGGUUGCAACGACCCGUUCGAGUGCAUACCGGAGUUUCUGCGUUGUGACGGCAUUGCCCACUGCUUUGAUAAAUCCGACGAACUUAACUGCACGACGCUGCAUCCCUCCAAAGUGGACUUCAAUGAGACAUUGCUUUCGUGUGAGGUACCAGAUCGGCUUUGCGCGGUGUCGAAUAAGUGCAUCAACGUACACCAACUAUGCGACGGUAACAUUGACUGCGAGGACACGACCGAUGAGGGAUUUCUCUGUGCCGACAAAAUGUGCGAUAAAACCAAUGAGUGCUCGCACUACUGCCACAAUGCGCCCGAGGGUUUUGUGUGCUCGUGCCCGCCGCACAUGUACUUACAGCCGAAUGGGCGUCGUUGCAGCAUGCAGCAUGCCUGUGAGCACUGGGACACUUGCUCGCAAAUUUGUGAGACUGUCGGCAAGGUGUACGAGUGCAAGUGCCACGAAGGCUAUGCGCUGGAGUACGACCGCUUCAGCUGCAAGAGCACCGCUUCCGACGACCCUUAUGUGAUAUUUACCAAUCGGCAGGAAAUUCGUGGUGUCAACUUGAAAAAGUCUGUGGUCAGUAACUUUUAUACGUCGUUGCGCAACACGAUCGCUUUAGAUUUCCUGUACAACAAUGAGUCGGUGCAGAUUUUUUGGACAGAUGUGAUCGACGAUAAAAUAUAUCGAGGCUAUUUGGUGGGCGAGAGUCUGCGCAAAGUGGAGGCGGUUGUGCACUCGGGCCUGUCGACUACGGAGGGCUUGGCGGUGGAUUGGAUCGGCAUGAAUUUGUAUUGGGUUGACUCAAAUCUGGAUCAGAUCGAGGUGGCCAAGCUGAAUGGCAGUUUUCGCCGAACGCUAGUUGCCGGCGAUAUGGAGAGUCCGCGCGCUAUUGCGCUCGACCCUCGUGAAGGCUUACUUUUCUGGACCGACUGGGAUGAUAAUUUUCCACGCAUCGAGCGCUGCUCCAUGGCUGGUGAACAGCGGCGAACUAUCUCGACCACUUCGCAGGUGUCGGCCGGUUGGCCAAACGGUCUGACCCUGGAUUACACACAGAAGCGCGUGUAUUGGGUGGAUGCUAAGUCAGACUCGAUAUCGACCAUUAAAUAUGACGGCUCCGACCAUCAUUUAGUGGUGCGCGACAAGGACAUAUUAUCGCAUCCCUUCGCGAUAUCCGUAUUCGAAAACUACGUUUACUGGACAGACUGGCGAACUACGUCUGUCAUACGGGCCAACAAAUGGAAUGGCUCCAACAUACAGGUAAUACAACGCACGCAAACGCAGCCAUUUGGCAUACAAGUGCUGCACUCUAGCCGACAGCCCCAGGCCGAGAAUCCAUGUGGGAAGAACAAUGGCGGCUGUUCGCAUUUGUGUUUGCUUACCGUAAAAAAGGGUUACAAAUGUGAGUGCCCACAUAUUAUGCGUCUGGAUCCGACAGACCAACGUACUUGCGUGCCCAAUGAACAGGUGCUGCUCUUCAUAAUGGGCGACGAGAUACGUGGCAUUGAUUUGAUGCAACCCAACCAUCACACCAUACCCACUAUAAGGCAAUCGCCGCAGGUGCUGGCGCCGCAACGCAUUGACUUCACCGUAGACGAUAGCCGCAUCUACUGGUCAGAUAUACAGUUAAAUGAGAUAAAAACGGCUGGUAUAUCCAAUGGACUCAUCGAGACCAUCAUAAACACGGACAUACAGAAGCCGUAUGGUUUCGCGAUAGACUGGAUAGCGCGGCACAUGUACUUUUCGACUGGCAAGACGAAAUGCCAAAUAUUGGCAAGUAAUUUGAAAGGGGAGUUCGUCACUGAAAUACACAGAGACCUCAAUCUGGUGGAGAGUAUUGCUUUGGAUCCCGCGAACGGUAAAAUGUAUUGGAUACAUUCGGAACGCGACUCAAAACUGUGGCUAAUUGAGCAGAGUAAUUUGGAUGGAUCAUCGCGUAGCAUUGUUUUCCAGCAGAACAAGACAUUGCUGAGCUUAACGAUGGACUUUGACUCGCAGCGCUUAUACUACGUCUACGACAAUUCUGGCAUUGCCUAUUAUGACAUUGUGCGCAGAAGCGUAGUUGAAGCGCUACCCUCAAGUGAUGUGAUGACCAUAAGCUCGGUGACGGUCUACAAUGGUUCCUUGUACUUUCCGGAAAACAUACAAAGCGUGAUUAUGAGCUGCGAAAAGGAUUCUUGCCAAAACUUGAUCAAUCUGCGCAAAAAUACUAAGAGUAUUCAAUCGCUGAAGAUGUUCUACUCGGAGGCCCAGACCGGCACGAACACAUGCGCCGGCCCGGAGCGUGGCGGCUGUGAACAUCUCUGCUUGGCUGUCUCAGCCACGGAACAUGUCUGUCGUUGUGCCAUUGGAUAUGAAAUACUCAAUACGAAUAUUACUCGCUGCGUAGGAAAAGAAGAAUUCAUUUUCUACUCUAAUCACGAACUCAAAGGCAUUGACCUCUAUGAUGCCAACAGACCGGACGAAAAUCUGGAAGAACGACCGGCACUUGGACCCAUCUCACGUAUCUCACUGGCCACAUAUAUCGACUAUCUCGCCGCCGGCGACUACUUAUAUUGGGGCGACAAUGAGCGCGGCACCAUCUCGCGCAUCAAACGCGAUGGCACACAGCGCAUGGACAUACUACCCGCCAUGGAUACAAUUGACCCUAAGCAGCAAGAUUGGCUUGGAGGCAUUGCCGUCGACUGGGUGGCAGGAAAUAUUUACUGGAGUGAUAUGAAACGCAAUCUGAUCGAGGUUGCACGUCUCGACGGCGCUCACCGGCACGUCGUAGUUUCCAACGUAGAGUCACCCACAGCGCUGGCCGUCGAUCCAGUGCAGGGCUUGCUAUUCUAUGUGGGUAAUGGCAUAAUAGGACGUACGGGUUUAGAUGGAAGCCAAUCGUUUAUACUGGUCAAUCAGACGGGCACCGUUAGCAAUCUCAUUUUGGACAUCGAAGCGACGAAGGUGUAUUGGUGUGACAGCGGUGCUAACAGCAUCAUGAAGGUGGACUACGACGGCAACUUGAAGACUCCGCUGCUCAAUCGCAGUCUCGAUAACCCGGUGGCGCUGGCCAAACUCGACGACUACCUCUACUGGGCGGACAAUAACAACAAUAAGGGCAGCAUAAAGGUCGCACCAAUUACCAAUUUGUCGAACUAUAAGGAAAUACUUAAGUCGGAGGGUAAUUCAUUGAAAGAUUUGAAAGUAUUUUCGCAUCGAGUGCAGAAAGGCAUCAAUAUUUGUACCGAAAACAAUGGCGGCUGCGAGCACCUGUGCCUCUUCAAUGGCACUAGCGCCAUUUGCGCGUGUUCGCAUAGUCGGGUUGCAGCUGAUGGCAGUUCCUGCGAGCCAUAUGACAAUUUCAUACUUUUCUCUUAUCGCAGCACCAUCGAAAGUAUUCAUAUGACCGAUCAUACGAACAAAAAUGGGCCGAUACAUGCGGUACACAAUACGACUUUCAUGAGGAAUGUAAUCGCGUUGAGUUACGAUUACGAGAACAGUAUUAUAUUCUACUCCGAUGUACAGAUGAGCACAAUCAAUUCAGUGCAAUUUAACGGUAGUCGUAAUCAGGUGCUUGUCAACCAUCAGGGACGUGUUGAGGGUCUCACGUACGACAUUGUGAAUAAGAUGCUGUUUUGGACCUCGAAUAACGAUGCGUCUAUACGUAGCUUGGAGCUUCAGUAUGUUUCGGAGAACGCCGAUAACAAUACUCAGUUCGUAAAGAGCCUUUUGAUGCUUAACUCGAAUGAUAAGCCACGCGGAAUCGCAGUAGAACCCUGCAUGGGCAUGAUAUAUUGGACGAAUUGGAACGAGGAGACGCCGUCUAUACAGCGCGCAUAUGUAACCGGCUAUGGCGUCGAGUCCAUCAUACGUACGGACGUAAAAAUGCCCAAUGCACUGACUCUGGACUUCGAAGAACAUAAACUGUACUGGGCGGACGCGCGUCUUGACAAAAUCGAACGGGCCAACUACGAUGGUACGCAUCGCACUGUGCUUGCGCAUUCCACACCGAAGCACGCCUUUUCGAUGGCCGUUUAUGGCGAUUUACUCUUCUGGACUGAUUGGGUGCUGCACGCUGUGGUGCGAGCGAGCAAGUACUCAGGUGCGGAUGUGGUGUUUUUGCGAGAGAACAUCGAUCGACCAAUGGGCAUCAUCGCCGUCCAGAACACCACCAUCAAUUGUGACUCGAACCAAUGCAAGAUCUUGAAUGGCGGCUGUGAGGAUGUUUGUAUCCUGAGCAAAAACGGCACUGCGAGUUGUCAGUGCACGAGGGGCACACUGGCGCCAGACGGACGCCGCUGUCUAUUGUUGCCUAAUACGAGCUGUGGAAAAGAGCAAUUCUCUUGUGUCUCUGGCGAAUGCAUUCCAUUCGAGUUGACGUGCGACAAUAUCACUCAUUGUCUCGAUGGCUCCGACGAGCUGCGCAGCUACUGCAUAAUACGCGAGUGUCCGGUGAACUUCUUCAUGUGCAACAACCACCGUUGCAUACCUCAGAAUCGAACAUGCGAUGGCAUACAUCAAUGUGGCGAUGGUUCCGACGAGUCGGAGUUGGUGUGCAAAUGCGAGCCCGACAAGUUUCGUUGCAACAGCGGCGAGUGUAUUUCCAAGCAGUUCGUUUGUGAUAAUGUGCGCGACUGCAAGGACUUCAGCGACGAGAAGCACUGUUCGCCUCGAGAAUGCCCCAGCGGAGAUGUUCUGUUCGAACACUGUGCCAACUCUACCGCUUGCUUCAUGCCGUCUUGGCGUUGUGACGGAGACAAUGAUUGUCCGGACGGCAGUGACGAAACGAAUUGCGAAAGCGUGCAUAAAGUAGCCUGUGGACCUGGUCAUUUCCAAUGCCCCAAUGGACGUUGUAUAAAUGAGAAAUGGCGGUGCGAUGGCGAGAAUGACUGCAAAGACGUGGUGGGUGCGUUGAGUGCCGAUGAAGUGGGUUGCCGUGUGCAAUGUCGCAAGAGCGAGUUCCACUGCGGCAAUAGCUGUAUACCAAGUAGUUGGCAGUGUGAUGGUAAGCCCGACUGCGACGAUGGUUCAGAUGAGGGAACACAGUGCCCAAAUAGAGUUUGUCGGCCACACUUUUUCCAGUGUAAAUCUUCAGGACGUUGCAUACCGCAGAAAUGGGUGUGCGAUGGUGAACAUGACUGCCCGGCACCCGGGAGCGAGGACGAGGGCAAGCAUUGUGCAGCAGGGUCGGUGGCGCAUGAGCUGGAGUGUUUGCCACCGUCUUUCCUUUGUUCGAAUGGCGUAUGUCUGGAUCGGCGCUAUGUUUGCGACGGCGACCACGAUUGUCCGGAUGGCGAUGAUGAGUAUGAAAAUUGUGAACCUUUUCCACAAGCGCAAGUUUGCGAUGGCGAUACUGAGUUCCAAUGCCACGACAUGCAAUGCAUUUCAAAGAAUCUGACAUGCGAUACCAAACCCGACUGUGUGGACGGCUCCGAUGAAGAUGCACAACUUUGCGCACACUCUCACAACUUGUGCCAGGGGCCUGGUGAUUUCCGGUGCAAAAAUGGCGCUUGCAUCUCAACAGAUUUGCUCUGCGAUGGGCGUAACGAUUGUGCGGACUUCACAGACGAAGAGCUCUGCAAUGUGAACGAGUGUGUUAUACCGGAUCUGUGCGAGCACACCUGUGUGGAUAAGGUCAUCGGCUUCGAGUGCCAGUGCAAUCCGGGAUACAAAUUGCUUGCUUCCAAUCAUCACUUAUGCGACGACGUGGACGAGUGCCAUGAGCAGCAUCCCUGUUCGCAGAUCUGCGUCAAUACAUACGGAUCUUACAAGUGCCUUUGCGGCAAGGGCUAUGAGUUGGUGGACCACAAUACUUGCAAAGCAACAAGCAAUGAGACUGUGAAGUUCAUUUUUGCUAACCGCUACUACAUACGACAGGUGGACAUGCGCGGCAACGGAUCCAUACUCAUCCACCAGCUGUCGAACGUUGUGGCCUUGGACUUCGAUUGGGAAACCAAGUGCCUUUACUGGUCGGAUGUGACGUCUACGGUUGGUAUGAUAAAGCGUUACUGUCCCGCCGAAAAUAAAACAACCACAUUGCAUCAAGCGAUGGUGAAGAACCCCGAUGGCUUGGCCGUUGACUGGGUGGCUAAAAACCUGUAUUGGUGUGACAAAGGUUUGGACACAAUUGAGGUCUCCAAGCUAGAUGGUAAAUAUCGACGUGUGCUAAUCAACGAGAACUUGCGGGAACCCCGUGGUGUUGCAUUGGACCCCUUCAAUCGGCAUAUCUUCUGGUCGGAUUGGGGAGACAACCCACACAUUGGGAAAGCCGGCAUGGAUGGCUCCGAUCCGCAUGUGAUCAUAAGAGAUAACUUGGGUUGGCCAAAUGCGCUUACCAUUUCCUUCGAAACCAACGAGCUGUUUUGGGGCGAUGCGCGCGAAGACACUAUUUCCGUAUCCGAUUUAGAUGGUAAAAAUAUUCGUCUUUUGCUGGCGCGCAGUAUCAACCCGCAGCUAAACUUGCACCACAUUUUCGCAAUCGCCGUAUGGGAGGAUAAGAUCUACUGGUCCGACUGGGAGACAAAGUCCAUUGAAUACUGCAACAAAUACAAUGGGCAAAAUUGCUCAACACUUGUCACCAUCAUUCACCGACCGAUGGAUUUGCGCGUCUAUCAUCCGUACAGACAGCAGCAUCCGACGACACCCAACCCCUGCUUGACGGCCGGCUGCUCAACGCUGUGUCUGCUUGCACCGGAUGCACCCUAUUACAAGUGCGUUUGUCCAAAUAAUUUUGUGUUAGGCGAGGACGGAAAGUCCUGCCAUGCUAACUGCACCGCUGCACACUUUGAGUGCGCCAACACAUACAAGUGCAUUCCCUUCUACUGGAAGUGUGACACGCAGGACGACUGCGGAGAUGGAAGCGAUGAACCAGAAACAUGCCCAACCUUUCACUGCGAGCCAGGCCAAUACCAAUGUGACAACAAGAAAUGCAUUUACCCCUCUGCUAUUUGCGACAACGUCAACAACUGCGGCGAUAAUUCGGAUGAGGGAAACUGCGAAAAAUUCACCUGCUUCGAGAACAACAUGAAAUGUGAAGCGUCGACAAACACAAGCGCCUUCUGCAUAAGCAACGGAAAGAAAUGCGAUGGUGUCACUGACUGUCCAAACGGAGAGGACGAGGCUGGCUGCACGCCACUCGUCUGCAACAAGGAGCAGUUCCAGUGUGGCAACAACCGUUGUAUGCCCUACGUGUGGGUAUGCGAUGGAGACGUCGACUGCCCGGACAAAUCGGACGAGGAAGGCUGUGACUUGGUCACAUGCGAGCCACAAGACUUCCAGUGCAAUUCUGGGCGCUGCAUUCCGAUGGCUUGGCGCUGUGAUGGCGAGAACGACUGCCCGAAUGGCGAGGAUGAGCCACCGACCUGCCAUUCCUCGAAGGAGAGCUGUGAUCCUACCUACUUCAAGUGCAAUAACUCUAAAUGCAUACCUGGCCGUUGGCGCUGCGACUAUGAGAACGACUGCGGCGAUGGCAGCGACGAGCUGAACUGCCAGAUGCGCAACUGUUCGGAGAGUGAAUUCCGUUGUGGCACCGGCAAGUGUAUCAAACACGACUAUCGGUGCGAUGGUGAGAUACAUUGUGACGACAGCAGUGACGAGAUCAACUGCAACAUUACGUGCAAGACGAAUCAGUUCAAGUGUGCGGCAUUUAAUACGUGCAUAAACAAGCAAUAUCAAUGCGAUGGAGACGAUGACUGUCCAGACGGCUCGGACGAGGUGAACUGCACAUGCCCAGCGAACUAUUUCACUUGCGCCAAUGGGAAAUGUAUAAUGUCCCGAUGGAAGUGCGAUGGCUGGGAUGACUGCACCGACGGCAGUGAUGAAAGUAUCGCCACAUGCGCGCACGAGCACUGCCACGCCAAUGCAUUCAAAUGUUCCAAUUUGAAAUGUAUACGCAAAUCGGCAUUGUGUGAUGGAGUGAACGACUGUGAAAAUCAGGAGGAUGAAUCGGAUGAGGUAUGCGCCGCACUACCAAAGUGUCGGCACGACCAGUUCCAGUGCGAGAAUGAUGAUUGCAUUUCGAAGAGCUUCCGCUGCGAUGGACAAUACAAUUGCAUAGACGGCUCGGAUGAGAUGAAUUGCCAGCCACCGGUUUGCGGUUUCGGCACAUGCUCGCAGAUUUGCAUAGAGAAGAAAGCCGGGCACUACAAUUGCAAAUGCACGGAGGGCUAUCAGAAGGGACCGAAAAAGAACGACACAUGCUUGGCUGCAGGCCCCGAUCAAAUCCUUUUACUCGCUUCUGAGCAAGAGUUCCGUUUCAUUUUGCCGGCCAAACAGGAAGGCACCACGGUAGUGGGUUUCUUCCAAACCGAUAGCCUGAAAAUCGAUGUCUUCGACAUUCUCAUUAGACCCAAGGACACACUCCUCUUCUGGAUCGAUUCGCACCAUGGCAAAGUGCAUACAAUGAAAAUCGCCACACCACACGCCGAGACGGGAACGCGCAUGCGCAGAGAUUUAAAAGAGCUAACCGCUUUUAAUAUACCCGAUUUGAAUGAUCCCAAAUCUCUGGCUGUGGACUGGAUUACGCAAAUGGUGUACAUAAUCGAUUCGCGUCACAAUCAGAUCAUUGCAACGGAUAUUGACGGCAAGAAGUACGUUUCAUUAGCGUCGACCGGUAUGAAUCCGACCGAUAUUGUGCUCGAGCCGGAAUCGCGUAUUAUGAUUUGGUCCACAUUAGAAAAUGGUAUUUUGGUUGCGUCGCUCGAUGGUACCAAUAAGAAAAGCUUAGUCGAACGAGACGUUGGCUGGCCCAUAAGCUUGUCGAUUGACUAUCCGACUGGCCGCUUAUACUGGGCUGACUACCGUAAAGGCACUAUCGAGACGUGUCGCCUAAAUGGCAAAGACCGCAACGUCGUUCGACGUUUUUCGAAUAAGGAGAAGCCGCAGAAAAUUGACGUAUUUGAAGAUUAUCUGUACAUAAAAUUGUACGAUCAAAGCAUAAUAAAAAUGAACAAAUUUGGUGUGGAUAACGGCACAUAUCUGCUGAAAGGGUAUCGUUCAUCUGAUAUCGGAAUAUUGCAUCCACUGAAACAGAAUCGCAAUAUCACAAAUCCUUGCGCAAAAGAGCCUUGCAAAAUAAAACGCGCGCUCUGCAUUCUCUCCUCCGAGGCGCGCAAUGGCUUCGCCUGUAAAUGUUCCAACGAUCUUAUCAUGGUCGACGAUGAGUGUAAGGCGCACACCGAGGUACCCGACUACUGUCCGCUGAAAUGCAAUCUGGGCACAUGCAAAGUGAUCGAUCAUGUGCCGAAAUGCAUCUGCCAGCCGCAGUUCGAGGGUGAACUUUGUGAGCACUCACGUUGUUCCGGCUACUGUCUAAACUAUGGCCUCUGUACCGUGGCACCCCAACUGCCGGGUUCCUCUGAGCCGCCACCGCUGAAAUGUAGCUGCACGCCCGGCUGGUCUGGUCCGCGUUGUGAGACCUCAGUACCAGAAUGUCAGAGUCGCUGUCAUAAUGGUGGAUCGUGCCUGAUCACAGAAGAGGGCAUGAAGUGCACCUGUCCGGAGUUGUAUGUCGGUGAGCAGUGUGAGCACUGCGUGAAUUUGACAUGCGCCAACGGUGGCAUUUGUCGCGAAACUCUGACAGGCACCACACAGUGCGAAUGUCCGGAUGGCUUUACUGGCAAACGCUGCGAGGUGAAUGUCUGCGACGGGUUCUGCAAGAAUGAGGGCAUCUGUAGCAUUGGCACCAAGGGCGGCCCACAAUGUCAGUGUCCUGCUGGCUAUUAUGGUGAGCAAUGCGAAUCCGACUCCUGUCAGACAUACUGCCUAAAUGGGGGCAUAUGCACAGAACGCGCUCAACACUUGAUAUGCAGUUGCAGCGAGCGCUUCGAAGGUGAGCGCUGCGAAACUGAUUUGUGCAAAACGGCGACACCGCCGCACUUUUGUGAUGAAUCCGAGCUGCCCUCACGCAAUCCAUGCACCGGCAUCAUUUGCCAGAACAGCGGAACGUGUCAUGUCAUCAAAGGCAUGGCCAUGUGCAACUGCACUGAUCAAUGGAAUGGCGAAUUCUGUGAGCGGCCAGUUGACGAGGACAAUCCGUGCAUUGGCUAUUGCAAGAAUAGCGGUGUCUGCCAUUUGGAUGCGUAUACGGUGCCACAUUGCAGUUGCAUUGGCGAAUGGGAGGGUGACGCAUGCAACAUGCCACCGAAAUGUGUCAGCAGUUGUGGUGUUUGUCGCACUGGCAGUUCGAUCAAUGAAUGUGUUUGUUCUAGUGGCAAGAUAACACCUUGCUUAGCUGACAGCGCGGAUAAUGUGAACAUUGAGCGACAACAAGGGCAAGAGCAUACUGCGAAUGUACUCUCCAUAUUGGCGGUGAUGCUGGCGAUUGCCAUACUGUUAUUGACACUCUUCGGAGGAGCGAUAUAUUUCCUAAAGAAACAUCGCAUAUCGCAGCCAUUUUCACAUGCGCGUCUGACCGACAACGUUGAAAUUAUGCUCACAAAUCCGAUGUACCGCGGCGAUGCGGAUGAAACACCAGCCUUCGUGCAUGAGGACGAUAAGGGCAAUUUCGCGAAUCCCGUGUACGAGUCCAUGUAUGCAGAUGCCAUUGUUGAACCUGUAGCAGUGGCCGAAAAUGUUUUAAGUACGGCACCCGAUGAACGCAAAGGCUUGCUGCAACACUCACACGAUGACACAACUACGCCGGAUAUUCUUUGAUGAUUGACUACAAACGAAGUGUGCUAAUGUGGGAGCUUUUUAUUUUCAAAGAAGCAGACAGCUUUUUUGAAUCCAAAUAGUAACUAAAGCAAAUACCUAGCACAUAUCCGCAUACACUGAUAUUUAUACCGACUAGCACACUCAAAUACAUACAAACAAACACACAUACUUGUAAAGGACUGAUAGCGUAAACAACUUUUAUGUAUUUAUUAAUUUUCCAAGUGAAAAACGCCAUUGUCACGAUAGAAAAAGUCAAUGAUAAAAUGAUAAAUUAUAGGAUAAAAAAUAGGAUUAUUUUCUAAACCUUGCGUGCGGAUAUUAAAGAACAUAAUGUAAAUACUUAUAGAGUAAUAAAAAAAUAAUGAUGCUGGUGUUUUUCGAGCUUAUAAAAUAGCAUAUCAACGCCAGGCAGCUAGAUUUGCAUACAUACUACAUAUGUACAUACAUAAGUAAAAAGUGUGUAGCUAGAAAUUAAGGCGAAAACGUUGUAUAUUAUUUAGUACUCGAUUAGAGUGUUUUUUGUUUUUUUUUUCUCUAUUAAACAAAUGACAGCUAUUUAAGCAGCUGACGAAGCUGCUGACGAAUUCGUAUGAAUAACUGUGAAAUGUUCGGAGUCUUUGCUGAAUCCAUCCUACUUCGGUUUUCUUCAAAAAAUCAAACACAAACAUAUACAUACUACAUAUGUACACAUAUCGUUUUUAAAACGGAGAAAGGCCCUAAGUAAUAAUUUUUAGAUUCACUAAAAUACACCUUCCUCAAAAAUUUUAGAGCUGUAACUUAAAACCCAAAGAUUUUAUGAAAAUUUUUUAUAAAACCCUACGCACAGAAGCGAAUGCGUUGCGGGUUUAAUUUUUUGCUUUUGGGGCCUUUCUACUUUCGUAGCUAAGUAUUCCGUUUCAGUGACAACAUUUUCGCAGAUUUCACGAAAAUUAAAAAAAAAAAAACGGACUAUAAUGGAUUCAGCAAUAUCCCCUUUCAUAUGUAUUUUUUUAUUGUUAUUGGUGUAUUUAAUUUAAAGUUAUCUCUACAAAUAAGUACAUAUAUACAUAUAUAAGCACUAACCGCACAGUUUUCAAAUGCGCACACGUCUAAACAAGAAAAUGCAUGAAUUAAAUAUAAUUCAAAUGCCGUUUUUGUGUAUGUAUAGGCACAGAAAGGUGUUUUGUGAAUGUAGAUAUUAAGAAAUAAUAAUAAUUACUUCAUAUAGCUUUUAUUUAAACCCGCAAUUCUCUUUAACAAUACUCAUAAGUGCGAAAUUUAAUUGUACAAUAUGGUAUUAAUUUUGUGCGCGAUUUUAUAUAGUGUAAUUUGUUAUUCAACCUAGUCCAUUUGAAUUAUAGAAUUCUUUGACAUCAAGGCAGCUGACAGUGAAACUUGAACUGUGGCAUUUAUAUACAUGAAAUUGUAGUUUGAAAUUUACCACCAACAGUUGCAUAGAUUUUUGUUACCUAUGCAUUUUUCUCCCGCCUGUAAAUAUUAGCACCCAACUUUCAAAAAAAUUUUUUCUUUACGAAAAUUACUGUUAACUUAACUUAUUCGCAAAUUAAAAAUCGAUAAGGAUAUACAUAUUUAUAGACGUACGCACGGGCGUAUUUUUAAGUAACGAACAAAUGCUUGCAUUUAACAGAAAUUGUGAGAUUCUUCUAUAGCUUUAAGUUCGAAUAUAUUUAUAAAAAUGCAUAUAAAAUCUGAUAGUUGGUAUGUAUGUAAGCGAAAAAUACCUACGAAGUUCGUGUUUACAUAGAUUUGUAUGUAUGUAGCUAAGUAGAUACAUCAUUACAUAUGUACACACAUGUAGGUAAGCAAUUGUAAUAUAAUAAACAUACAAACAUUCAACUCAAGCGAAAUUUAAUUAAAUUGAGCAUGUGAAAUAUUAAAUAGCAUUAUACAUAAGUAUGUAAAUAACAAAAUAUUUUUUUCUUUUUUUUUCUAAUUAACACGAAAUAAAAACUUGUCGAAUUUUCAAAACCUGAA